AUGACUACAAUUAUAGUAAACCCUACUUUCGACGUACAUUCCGAAGCACACACUAAUAGCCGUCACGGAGACCCUGACACCCCAUCUAAAACUACUGGUGCUGUUCAGCCAGAAUCAGAGUCUUCAGUAAUAACUAUCACUGAAAGGAUUAAUAUUGAGGCACAGGGAGGACCUGGAGGUCACGGGAAAAUGGAUACAGGAGCUAAAGAGGACAGGGAGGCGGAGGCUAUGACAGAUGACAUAACAAUGGUGAAAUGUGAUAGGAUUAUACGAAAAGGUGACAUGAACUCUAUGAUUAAUGCGGUACCAUUUGGAAACAAUUUUGACACUGGUGACUCGGAAAACAUUUGGGUUGUAUUGGUAGCAGGGUCGGGUGGCUGGUUUAGUUAUGGUGCGCAGUCGGAUGUAUACAAGGCGUACCAAUUGGUUCACUCGCAGGGCAUACCCGAUGACCACAUAAUAGUCAUGCAUCCGGACGACAUAGCCUACGAUAAACAGAACCCAACCCCUGGGGUUAUAAUCAACGCUAUUAACGGCACUAAUGUUUACAAAGGGGUUCCUAAAGACUAUACUGGAAAUGAUGUCACCACCAAGAACCUAUUUGGUCUACUUAACGGUGAUUCUGAGUUAGUUAAACAGGGAAAGAAAGUGGUCAAAAGUAAUCCCAAAAAUCGUAUAUUUGUGUACCUAAUGUCGCAUGGUGAUACAGGUUAA